GGUUUCCAGGCCAGACAUAGCUCUGUCUCUCCCUCCUAGCCACUGGAGAUAGCUGGGAAGGAUCAGUUCCAAAUGUCCAAGGGCCGAAUGCUCCACAAAAUGUGGAGUAGGCAAACCAGCUGGGGAAGGAGGCCAACUUGUACAAGUCCAAGAUCCUCCUAAGGCCACGAUGUCACUGCUGAUGUUUCUGCUAUCUUUGCUGUUGGAUGGGUCUCAAGGUCAGAUGGAGAAAUACUUCCUACAGGUGCAGAGAAUUGUGAAGGCACAGGAGGGUUUGUGUAUCUUCGUGCCCUGCUCCUUCAUCUCCCCUGAGAAUCGUUGGUUUAACUUGUACCCAGAAUAUGGCUACUGGUUCAAAGAAAUCAGAAGACAAUCACUUCAAUAUCCAGUGGCCACAAAUAACAAAGAUAAAGGAUUAGAACAGGGAGCCCCAGGGCGAUUCCAGCUCUUAGGGGAUCUCUCCCAAAAGAAGUGUUCUUUGCUAAUCAAAGAUGUUCGGUGGGAAGACUCAACAAAGUAUUUCUUCCGGAUAGAGAAAGGAUAUGAGAAAUACAGUUUUAAGGAGGCGUUCACGCUGCAAGUGGAAGCCCUGACUCAGAAACCAGACAUCUUCAUUCCUGAGAUCCUGGAGCCUGGGCAGCCAGUGACCAUUGUCUGCUUGUUUUCCUGGAACUUCGAGCAAUGCCCAGCUCCUUCUUUCUCCUGGAUGGGGGCUGCUGCCUCCUUCCAAGAAACCAGACCACACACCUCCCAUUACUCAGUGCUGAGCUUUACCCCAGGACUUCAACACAAUGGUACUGAGCUCACAUGUCAGCUGGACUUCUCUAGGAAGAGCACACAAAGGACUGUCCAACUAAGAGUGGCCUAUGCCCCCAGAUCUCUUGCUAUCAGCAUUUUCCGUGACAAUGUAUCAGUCCCAGAACUGAAUAGGAAUCCUUCACAUCUGGAAGUUCAACAAGGCCAGUCUCUACGUCUCCUCUGUACUGCUGACAGCCAGCCCCCUGCUACCCUGAGCUGGGUUCUAGAGGAUCGAGUCCUUUCUUGGUCCAGCCCUGUGGGGUCUAGAACCCUGGCAUUGGAGAUGCCCUGGGUGAAAGCUGGGGACUCUGGACACUACACCUGCCAAGCAGAGAACAGGCUAGGUUCCCAGCAACAAACCCUGGACCUCUCUGUGCUGUAUCCACCAGAGGACCUGAGAGUGACUGUUUCACAAGAAAACAGAACAGUGUUGGAAAUCCUCAGGAAUGGCACCUCCCUCCCAGUCCUGGAGGGCCAAAGCCUGUGCCUAGUGUGUGUCACCUAUAGCAAUCCCCCAGCCAGUGUGAGCUGGUUUGGGGCGACACAGACCCUGAUCCCCACCCAGUCUUCAGAGCCUGGGGUGCUGGAGCUGCCUCUGGUCCAGAGAGAACAUGAAGGAGAACUCACCUGUGCUGCACAGAGCCCACUGGGCACCCAGCGCAUCUCUCUGAGCCUCUCUGUGCACUACCCACCCCAGAUGUCCAGACCCUCCUGCUCCUGGGAUUCUGAGGGUCUGCACUGCAGCUGCUCCUCCAGAGCCUGGCCUGCCCCCUCCUUGCGCUGGCGGCUGGGGGAGGGGCUGCUGGAGGGAAACAGCAGCAAUGCCUCCUUCAAGGUCACCUCCAGCUCACUUGGACCCUGGGCCAACAGCUCCCUGAGCCUCCUUCAGGAGCUGGAACCCAGCCUCUGGCUCAGCUGUGAAGCCUGGAACACCCAUGGGGCCCAGACCACCUCUGUCCUGCUGCUACCUGAUAAAAACAGUUCCGCAGCAUUCUCCAAGGGAGCAGCUUUGGGCUUUGGCAUUACAGCCCUCCUUGCCCUCUGCCUCGUCGUGAUCAUCAUGAAGACCCUACAGAAGAAAGGAACCCAAGAGGUAACCUCAAGGCCCAAAAUCUCACGGGGCAGCACAAUCCUGGAUUACAUCAAUGUGGUCCCCAAGACCAGGUCCCCGGCUCGGAAUUGGAAAGCUGAACCAGACACCCCUUCUGGGAUUUCGCCCCUGGACACUCACUCCCCUAAACCAAAGAAGAAGCAGAAGGACCCACGUUUUACAUCCCCUGGUUUCCCAGACCCCAGACCAUCCUCUCAGGCCCCAGUCUCUGAAAAUAACCCAGAAGAACUCCAUUAUGCUGCUCUCAACUUCCCCCGCCUCAGACUACGGGAGACCCAGAACCCCCAAGACACCUAUUCUGAUUACGCAGAAGUCAGAGUUCAUUGAGGGUGUUCUGGGCUUUACGACUGAGACCUAAAUGGUAGAGUAGUGAAGAGAGAGGGCCUCCAAAAGAAAGCAUAUUCUCUCCUUAAAAAUAACCUGGGGGCAGGGGCUGUUAAAUGUGCUUGCCACCAAGCUCGAUGAACUCUUCGAUUGAUCCCCAGGAUCCGCAUGGUGGAAGUGACCUCCCACAGUCUUUUGACUCCUCACAUGAGCAUUAUGGCUCACGCCCUUGCGUGCAGACACACAUAAGUUAAUAAACAGAUGUACAAAACAAUUUUUUAAAGAUGACAGCUCCUGUUUGGGUAUGUUCUAAGUGUGUCUCUCAAAGGCUUACACUCAGAGGGAGAGGUGAUGUGUGCUCUUUCAGGGGUGGGACAUGGUAGAAAUGUUAGGUCUUGGGGCAUUGCACAGCCUUUGGAAGGUGUCAGUGCUGGUCCCACAGAGUGGACCAGUUCUCAAGCCAGGAGGUUACAAGUUUGGUUGCCAAGCUCUCUUGAUCUUCCCAUGUCUUAUCUCUCUCUCACGCACUCACACCGAGAUGCCAUCUGUCAUACUAUGGUGGAGGCACAGGCCUUCAUCAAAGCCUAUGGAAGAGUUCAAAGUCCCACUCAACUGUUGCUUUCAGUGAGAAAAAGCCCACCCAAACCCGUCUUCAGUGAAGAUGAAGCAAGAAGUCGGUCAUCUUAAAUAUUGAAAUAAAAGGUACACUGAUCAA